ACGGAAUAAACAAAGAGUCCGAAUGUCCAGCUUCAAACUCCCCUAGUACCUCUGGUGAAAGCAAUCUAAUUCGAUGCGUCUUAAGGUUUAGGAUCUAGUCGGGGGGUGACCGGGCCCAACUACAUGUCCAUCAGCAUGGGGUCGACAAAAGCUAAACGGCGCAGACGUUAAAGUCAACCCUAGGCAGGCUUCUGUCCUAGGAACCUGCAAUCCGUUAGAGUAUUUGAGACGCGCCCAUCAUAUAGUGUCGGUGGCCAAGUACAUCAACUUGGUGCUUCUGUAACCGACGAGCCGUCGUGUCGAGUACUAGCGGUUACAUCCAACAUCCACUCAAACAACAGAAAGAAAAGAAAGCCAGACGCUGAGAUGGAUUCCCUGCCGCAGAAAAUGCAUGCAUUAGGCUUAUCAGCACCCAAGGACGGCUCCGACAAAAGAGAUGACAAGAUGCACACGUUGCGUCGACUCUGGAGAGAAGCUUUGGGCCUGGCCCCCGACGCCGACGGCACAGUCUCCGAAUCGACCAGUUUCCUGGACCUGGGCGGUGAUUCGAUCAAGGCCAUCAAGCUCGUGUACACGGCAAGGAAGAAGGGCAUGUCGCUCAAGGCGACAGAUCUACUGAGCGGGGCCACACUAGCCAGCCUGGAGGCCGCUCUACAGCUCCGAGACGCGGCAGGACCAGGGCCACGUAUCCCCGCGUCCACGUCGUAUCAGGGGCCUGUGGAGCAGUCUCUCGGCCAGCAGGGGUUGUGGUUCUUGGAUCAGCUCAACCCGGACUCACAGUGGUAUCUGUUGCCGGUCGCAAUGCGGCUGCGAGGCCCACUUUCGGAACCGGCGCUCGAGGCGGCGUUGAUGGCGUUGGAGCGGCGCCACGAGACGCUGCGCACGACGUUUGAGGACCGCGAUGGCGUCGGCUUGCAGGUGGUCAACCCGCCUGGAAUGACAAAACUCGAGGUGAUGGACGUUGACGAUGCCACCUUGGGUAAGACUUUGGCGCGGCACCAGACAACCCCGUUCAACCUGGGCGCCCAACCUGCGUGGAGGGCUGGGCUGCUGCGGCUGGGCCAAGAUCACCACGUCUUGUCCAUCGUGCUGCAUCACAUCAUAUCGGACGCCUGGUCCAUCAAUAUCUUGUUGCGAGAGCUGAACCAGCUCUAUUCGAAGGCACUCGAGGGCCAGCUGGACGAUUCCUCGCCGCUGCCGCCGCUCGUCUUGCAGUAUCGCGACUAUGCUACGUGGCAGAUGCAGGCCGCCCAGCAGCGCAAAUAUCAGAGACAGAUCGAGUAUUGGACGGUGCAGCUGGCCGACAGCAAACCUGCCGAGCUCCAGGCCGACCACCUGCGGCCUCUGAUGCCCUCUGGCUGCGGCGCAACAAUCGACUUUUCCAUCGACGCAGAUACUGACGAGGCGGUGAGGGCCUUCGCCCACAGUCAACAGACGACGCCCUUUGUCAUUCUACUCGCAGCCUUCCGUGCGGCGUUAUUCCGCGUCACCGCCGCCGACGACGCCACGGUCGCCGUGUUCACCGCCGGCCGGCCCGAGGCCGAGCUGGAAGGGCUCAUCGGCCUCUUCACCAACACCGUCUGCGUGCGCACCAGCGUUGGCGGCGGGCGGGACUCGUUCGAGAUGCUGGUGCGGGAGCGCGUGCGCCCGGCACUCAUGGCCGCCGUUGAGAACUCGGACGUGCCGUUUGGCCGCGUCGUAUCGGCGGUGCUGCCGCAAGCGCACAAGGACACUUCGCGCAACCCUCUGGCUCAAAUCGCCAUUGUCCUCCACGACCUCGACGGUCCCGACACGCCGGAGCUCGAGGGCCUCCGCAGCGAGCCGCUGGCCGAAGAUGUCUUGGGCCUGAGAAGGUCUAUCGGGUUCGACGUCGAGAUGCAUCUCCGCCGCGGGGAAGGGGGCCGCAUGCGCGGCGUGGCUGUGUACGCUAGGGACCUGUUCGAGCCCGAGACCAUCCAGGCGCUCGUCGACGUCUACCAGGUUGUGCUCCGGCAAGGGCUGAAACGGCCCUCGGAGCCAAUCGCCGAGCUUCCUCUGGUGGCCGCAUCCUCCAGUGCCCAGGUCCUCGGCACCGGAGAGCCAUCGGCCUACCCGCGGGACUCGAACGUCGUCGACGUUUUCCGUCAACAGGUGGCGGCCUCCCCGGACGCCGUUGCCGUCUGCGACUCUUUGUCCAGCCUGACCUAUUCCCGCCUGGACACCGACUCUGACCGGUUGGCCACCUGGCUGCGUCGACGAGACAUGCCGCCGGAAACGCCGGUUGCGAUAUUGUCGCCAAGGUCGUGCCAGGCCAUCGUCGCCAUCCUUGGUGUGUUGAAGGCGAACUUGGCCUAUGUCCCGUUAGACGUGAAUUACCCCGCCGGCCGGAUCCAGACCAUCCUGAGCUCCAUGCCGGGCCGGAAGCUCCUCCUCCUGGGCCCCGGCGUGCAACCGCCAGAGCUUGAAUCGACGACAGACGUUGAAGCCGUCCGCAUAGGUGACGCCCUGACGGAGCAACACGGGGAGCCUGAUCUGCUCCGUCAGGGCCACGGCCCGACAGCCACGAGUCUGGCCUACAUUAUCUUCACGUCCGGGUCCACGGGCAAGCCUAAAAGCGUCAUGGUCGAGCACCGCGCCAUCCUGCGCCUUGUUGUCCAGAGCAACGUGAUGGCCUACCUGCCGCCGGUCCCUCGUGUGGCGCACAUGGCCAACAUCAGUUUCGAUGUUUCGGUCCAGGAGGUGUGGACGGCCCUCCUGAACGGGGGCACCGUCGUCUGCAUCGAUUACCUGUCGAUGCUGGACGGCAAACAGCUCGAGGCUGUGAUAGGACGCGAAAGGGCGUCAGUCGCUUGGAUGACGCCUACGCUGCUCAAGCAAUGCCUUGCCAUCGCCCCAGGCGCUAUUAGUAACCUCGACGUCCUGUUCAACGUCGGCGAUAGGUUUGACCCCCGCGAUGCGUCUAAGGCCAAGAGGCUGGUCAGGCGCGCAGUCCUCAACACCUACGGCCCGACCGAGAACGGCGUCCACAGCACCAUAUACGAGGUCCAGUCGGACGACGUCUUCCCUAACGGCGUCCCCAUUGGCCGCGCCAUUAGCAACACGGGCGUCUACGUUAUGGAUGCUCACCAGCGGCUUGUGCUCCCAGGCGUAGUGGGAGAGCUCGUUGUGACAGGCGACGGGCUGGCGCGCGGCUACCACGACCCGGCACUCGACACUGACCGCUUCGUGCAUGCCACGGUCGAUGGACGGCGGGUACGCGCGUACAGGACCGGCGAUAGGGGGCGCUGCCGGCCUGUAGACGGUCAGAUUGAGUUCAUGGGUCGCAUGGACUUCCAGGUCAAGGUCCGGGGCCACUUGGUGGAGCCGUCCGAGAUCGAAGCGGCCAUGGUCAGGGCCCACGAGGCGGUCAGUACUUCGGCUGUUGUCAUCCUUCAGAAUGACAAGCUUCGCGAUGCCAGACUCGUCGGCUUCGUGACUUUGCGGAAGCCGGCCGAUGUCGAUGGCGGCCGGCAGCAGCAAAACGGCGUGGUAGAUACCGACGACACCGAAGGCAUGCAAGUCCUCAUCCGUAAACGGCUCAGACACGUGCUGCCAACUUACAUGGCGCCGCAAUCCAUCAUCAUCCUCGACAGAAUGCCGCUCACCCCGAGCGGCAAGGUCGACCGCAAACGGCUUGCCGAACUAGCCAGCACGGCGCCGAUUGCACCCGAAGCCACGACUCGCUACAUGGCGCCGAGCAACGACGCCGAGGCCGCCGUGUGUCAAGAGUUCUCGGACUUCUUCGGACUUGACAAGGUCGGCGUCGCGCACAACUUCUUCGACCUGGGCGGCAACUCGCUGCUCGCCAUGAAGUUGGCCGCGCGGCUUCGCAUCCGCUUCCAUGUUCUGGUACCGGUCAAGGCAGUCUUCGACCAUCCCACGCCUGCUGCCAUGGCCGGCCACCUGCCCCGCGUGGCAAACAACGAUAACGGCGAUGGCGCCGGGGCACCGGCGGCGUCCGAUGACUAUAUCAACUUUGAGCUGUGCCCCGGCGGGGAGGCGUUUGUUGAAUCGGCCAUUCGUCCGACACUAGAUGCCCAGUACCGCAAUCGCGUGCUGGACGUCUACCCAGCCGCUCAAAAUGUUUCCUGGUACAUCCACGGCGACGUCGCUGGGGAAUUACUAGUAUCUUACGUCAAUCUGCCUGCCAGCUACGACCGCAACAAACUGGCCGAAGCCUGCGUGUCCCUCGUCCACACAAUCGACUCGUUCAGCACCGUCUUUGUGCGUGCCCAGGGUCGCAUAUGGCACGUUGUCCUGGAUCGCCCCGACGUUCCAGUUGACAACAUUGACGUCGACGGGCAGGACGAGGCCUUUGACGCCGCAACGUCUUCCAUCCGCGAAUCCGACCAGAGGAACCCCCCCAAGCUUGGAGGGGGGGCUCUCUGGACUCGCGUCGCCAUUCUCCGGAACCAGCAGGGCCAACUGCGGCUGGUGCUCCGCAUCAAUCACGCCCUCUGGGACGGCCUGUCUCUCCCCGUCAUGAUCGAGACCCUCCAGUCGCUGUACGAGGGCGUCGCUGUGCCGCCGCCGACUCGCCACGCCCUCUUCGUGAAGCGCAAGCUCGACAACCAACCCGAGUGCCUCAAGUACUGGCGACGCGUUCUCGAGGGCUCCUCUCUCACCACCAUGCAAAACGUGCGGGCCAUGCGCAAGCCCGGCGACGACACCGGGCUGCUACUUCGCCUCGUCGACGUCCCCCCCGAGGCGCGAGCGUCGGCCAGCAUCACGCAGGCCGCCGUCUUUACCACUGCGUGCGCCCUUGUACUGGCCAGAGAGACGGGCCAGGGAGACUUGUUGAUCUGCAGCAUGACCUCGGGCCGGCAGUGGCUGCCUCCGCACAUGCAGCGCGUCGUCGGACUCCUCAUCCAGUCUAUGCCCCUGAGGAUCCGGAAUGUCCUCGAUGGCGCGGCGGAUCUAAAGGCCCUGGCACUCCAGGUCCAGAGUCAGUACCUCGAAAGCGCGCCGUACGAGGCUGUAGAGUUCAACUUCAUCAGGGACAACGCCGGAGUGGACUGGGCUCCCGACGCGGACCGCUUCGGCGUUACCGUAACCUUUCAAAACCAGGGACCCUCCCACGAGAGCACCACCAACGGUCGCAGUCUCCAACUGUCCACCCAGCUCACCCCCACCGUCAUACAGCGCAAGUCGACUGUGAGCGGUGAGAUGCUGUCCUGCAUGCCGAUUUUGGCUGGUGAAUGCAGCAUGGAUUUGGGGUUUAUGGCUAUUCCACAACCCGACAACCGACAUUACAUGGUCGGCAUUGCGGCGGAUAUGUCGCUCUGCCUGAACCCCGAAAUGGAUCAUAUUGUUGACCAUGUGUGUGACACGUUUUUGUACCUGAACGCGGCUUUAAGGGACGUUUGA